CUACAGGUCGUAUCACAUCCAGCAAUCCCAAUCUUCAAGCUGUUCCCAAACAUCCAGUUUUACUGUCAAGUCAUAUUGCCAAAGGUUGACACCGGAUGGAACCAGUGUGUGCCCUGAGGACAGGGAGAAGACAAAGCGCAUAGUGUACUCUGUGAUGUAUGGUGCUGGUGCCAGCAAGCUUGCAGAGUUCCUUCAAGUGAACACUGCUCAGGCUAAUGGGAUCAUCAACAGCUUUAUAGGUAGGUUUCCAGCACUACGCUCGUUCUUCAACUCAGUGAUGAACGUCUGCCGCCAGAAAGGAGAACUUCGUACUUUCAGUGGUCGGCGUCGCUUGUUCCCGGCCAUCAACAGCCCGAUCCCGUACUUGAGGUCUCAAGCUGAGCGGCAAGCCAUCAACUUUCUAAUACAAGGCACCGCGGCAGACGUCUGCAAGGCGGCCAUGCUGCGGACGGAGCUGCAGCUGAGCCGGCGGCCGGACAUCGAGGCCUAUCUGCUGCUGCAGAUACACGACGAGCUGCUCUGGGAGGUGCGGGACUUGCACCUGCAGCAGGUCGAAGAACUCGUGAGAGCUGCAAUGGAAGACAGCACGUCCCUGUUUUCGGGAACCCCGAGCAUGACGAUCCCGUUGCCGGUGAUCAUUACGACUGGGAAGAGUUGGGCCCGCAUGUCGAGUAAUGAUGCAGUGUAGUGAUAGUGUGUAUGUCGAUUGCAAAGAAGUCAAGAUCACCACAUGCCUAACUCUUCUGGCAAAAAGUACUUGCUACUUGUUACCAAAGAGACAAUUUCAUAGCCGAAACAACCUUUGUCGUCAUAAGUUAGGGAAAUAAUUUUUGUCUUGUAACAGUGCUUAUAAUUUAUUCCAUGUCUAUUGGAAUUUGAGGUGGUUUAUCAAUAUUCAAUCUGUAAAUUGUUGCUUAUUAACAUUCCAGUGUCUUUGUACUUUGGCUAGUCAGGAAGUAGAUUUUUCGUGCUGAAUCAUUUAUAUUGCCUACCUGUAAACUGCCUUAAGUGAAUAUACCACCAACAGUGUUUCUUAAUUUUAAGGGUGUUGUUGUAGUGAUAUUGUUUAUUAUUACUAUGGUUGUUGUUUUUAUUGUUAUCAUUAUCUUCUUUUAUUCAAGCACACAAAAUAAGUAAUGAAAGAAAUGUCACAUUUUGUGAAUGUGGUUAUCUUAAGUACCAUUAAUACCAAACAGAAUAAAAUAUAAUUUUAUAUAA